AAUUUUUUUAAAUAGCGUAGUGCAAUAAAAGUAAAUAGACCAUGAUUUCCAUAAUUAUUUUACUAGCAAGUUUACUAUUUGCAUAUUAUAUAUGUUUGUUUUAUCUGAAAACUCGUCAAUACCCCCCUGGGCCAACACCACUGCCAUUAAUUGGCAAUGUUUUGAUGUUAAGACAUUUUAGACAACACUGGAAUAAGGAGCUGACAAAAUUGUACCAGAUAUAUGGUCCGGUGAUCACCCUAUGGUUGGGUCCCAUGCCUAUUGUGUUCAUAGGGGACGUGGACGUGGCCCGGGAGGCGUUCGCCAAAAUCGAAUUAACCGGGCGAACUAACCUUGAACUUGCCUGCUUAUAUUGUAAUGAAAAGCACCAGGAUUUCUCUUUAAAUAACAAUAUGGCCAGUUGGUGGGCACUACGAAACGUUAUGCACAAAGCUAUUAGGAAAUACGCUAAAUGUAAUGACUUGUCUGGAGUGGUGGACACCAUAGUCACCGAUAUGACCGCCAACAUGAUCGCCACUAAUCAGCCCAUUAAUCCUACGAUAUUUGCGUACAAUAUGAGCAUGAGCAUAAUGGGACAUUUCAUUUUAAAUGAAAAGUGCGUAUAUAUACACACCCAUCAAAUCAUGAUAUCGGUGUUUGAUAUGAAUGUCGACAAUACAUGA